AUGAAUGACACAAGAGAGGUAACCCAGACGGUGUCAUAUCAGACUCCUGUCAAAGGUUUGCUGUCUAUGCUGCCAUGUCUUUUCUUCCUGUAUGUAAAUGGAGUCAUGCUGUUUGCCCUGCUGAGAAAGCCUCUCUUACUGGAGUCCUCUCGCUACAUCCUGUUUGGUCAUUUGCUCUUCACUGACUCUCUGCAGCUUCUAGUCACCAUGUUGCUGUACAUCUUUGCUGUGACCAUGGUCAGAAUGAUCAGUUAUGUUUGUAUUAUUGUCACAAUGCUUGCAGCCAUCACUGUUAAAAUGUCACCCCUUAACCUCGCUGUCAUGUCUUUGGAGAGGUAUGUUGCCAUUUGUUUUCCACUGAGGCAUGCUGAUAUUACCACUACUAGGACGACAGGCAUGGCCAUCGCUGUUAUGUGGACAGUGGCCUCUCUAGAAUCGUUCACCCAGCUUUUCUUGUUUGUCAGUAUCGAGAACACAAGCUUCACUGUGUCAAGGUUCUGCACCAGGAACAAUGUCUUCCGCCUCGAGAUUUAUUCAACUUUAAACAGGGCCUUCACCAUUAUGCAUUUUCUAUUGGUGAGCAUGAUAAUCAUAUAUACAUACAUUGCUAUCAUGAUUACUGUGAAGUCAGCCUCUUCUCAUAUCCGUAAUGCCAGUAAGGCUCACAGGACAGUGCUGUUGCAUCUGUUUCAGUUGUGCAUGUGUCUCACUUCUACUUUGUUUAAUAUGAUUAACACAUAUGGUAUGUGGAACAUAAAUCCUGCCAUGGCCAUUCAUAUUCAGUAUGCCCUCUUUUUAAGUCUCAUCAUUUUCCCUAAGUGUUUGAGCCCACUCAUAUAUGGCCUCAGAGAUCACACCUUCAGACACGUCUUCAAGUACUAUUUUACCUUUGGCUUCAGAACCACUGUGAGGCCAGUUACUAUGGCUUAA